GUCAGUUCGUACUUCGCAGACAACUUCAACAUCGAUAACGACGCUCUAAGUCAAACUUAACACCGAAUACGCGAUUGCUCAUUGUCUGUGGGUUUCCUGAGGAGUUUAAAGUGUGGGGUUUGCGAAAUGAAGGCUCUGACUUUGCAGCGAGCAAAUGUGGAGCCGCCAGAGCAACUGCAGGUCACACGUGGGAGAAGCUUGACUUCCAACUACUCUCCUGCGAGUCUGGAGAAUAAGUUCUUGGCUCAGACCUCCACGCUGAUGCCCCAGACCUGCUCUCCGCUCAUAAACCUGGCGGCACAACCUUCCUCUUCCCCCUCUCUCCAGCCCUCCAGACUGUCCUCCACAACAUCCUCUCUUCUCUCUGCCUCUUCCUUAUCUGCGUCUCUCUCCUCACCGCUCCUCAGCACUGAGAACAAGCUCCUAACUACAGAGUCGCCUCGCCUCUCCUUUCCCUUGACCUCCUCUGUCCCUGCUGACACUUUGCUCUCCACAUCCAGCGCUCCUCUGCUCAGUCGCUUUUCUCAUCCUUCUUCAUUGCUCCAUCAUGGUCUGGGCAGAGGUGGUGGUGGAGGAGGUGAUGUUGACCAGGAUGAAAUAUCUGAAGAGAUGCCUGUUUGUUUUGAAGAAACAAGUGGGCAGUGUUCGGAGGAAGACGACGUGUUGUUCGAAGAGGAGCUGGAGGAGGCAGAUGCAGGGAGAAGCACGGAGUUACCUGUGGUUGAAAGUGAGCUGGGGAACCAGGAACUUGAGGAAACCAUUGUUGUCAGACGGGAGGAAUUCGCAGAGUUGGAAAGUGGAAAUGAAGAAACCGAAGAGGAGCUAAGAGACAAAAAGUAUCACCUGCUGAACAUUGUGUGUUGCUCGCUGGUUCAGAAGAGCACAUCUCCAGGUCAGCAGGACUGGGACUCAGAGGACAGCGUUUGGACCAAGAUCAAAAAACUAGCGGAAGACAUUUCCGUCCAUGACUCACAGUUUCUCCUCAAGGUGGCGCUUUACACUCGUCAGAAGCUGAACAUCCGCAUCACGGCGAACUUCUUGCUGGCUCUGGCCGCCAACCUGCCCACCACCAAACCCCACGUCCGCAGGUACUUCUGCGCCGCCGUGCAGCUGCCGUCCGACUGGCUGGAAGUCGUCAGAAUCUACAGCACGUGCUUCAGCCGCUCCCUGCCGAUGUGCCUGAAGAAGGCCAUGGCCGACAAAUUCAAGCAGUUCAGCGAGUAUCAGCUGGCGAAGUACAACACACGCAAGCACCGCUGCAAACACAGCCGCAACAAGAAGAAACCGGUGACCAAUGACCAGCUGGCAACGUGGGCGAACAUGAUCCGAUCGGAGAAAGUUGUCCUCAAGAAGUUUUUGCAGCCGGAGAAAAGCAAAGAGGUGGUGGACAAGAAGCAGAGCGAGUUCAGUGUGAAGAAGAUGAUCAAGAGGUUUCACAUUAAGGAGCCGGCUGAACACGUCAUGGCCAUUCUGGGGAAAAAGUAUCCCGCUGACAUGAAGGCCUUCACACGCAGCGGGAUAAAAGGCGCCUGGGACCGGGACAGAGCCGGGCAGCGAAUGAGGCUCAAAGAGCCGCAGACGUGGGAACGGCUGCUCAGUCUGGAGGGCAACAAGGCCGCCACCUGGGAGAAGCUCAUAGACGGCAAGUCUCUGCCGUUCAUGGCCAUGCUGAGGAACCUGAGGAACGUGAUCACUACGGGCGUCAGCGAGGCCCAUCACAGGAGGAUCCUCAGCAGACUCACCAACCAGAAAGCCGUCAUUCAGAGCCGGCAGUUUCCUUUGAGGUUCCUCGCCGCCUACAAGGUCGUCAUGGAGCUCCACGCUGUCGCCUCCGCCUCCCAGCAGGCGAUGCCCAAGGCCAAAGACAUCCUGGUGGACAUCCUGAAGAAGGUUCCCAAAAGCAAGCGCUACAGUUUUGUUGAGUGGGAGAACACUUCGAAGAGCAGGACGAGGCUGACGCUGCGCGUCCCGUUCGUCUGCCGGCUGUACCACGCCAGGAAGACCCAGCUGCUAAAGGCCAAUCAGAAGUUGUUCACCGUCGCCCUGUUGGACCGUUACCGCCAGGCUCUGGAGACGGCCGUUCAGAUCUCCUGCCGCUACAACGUGCCCCCGCUGCCCGGACGCACCGUCCUCCUGAUCCCCGUCAACACGUACUACGACGACACGUGGGACCAGAAGUUUGACUUUUGCCUCCCUCCGGACCCGGAGCAAAAGACAAAGGAGACGACGGAGGAACCAGAAGAAGAGACAAAAAGCAGAAAAAGAAAGAAGAAGAACCAGGAUGACAAACUCACUCCCACUAAGAAAGAGGUGGCGGCUUUGCUCUCACUGAUGAUCAGAAGCAGUGCAGAGGACUGUCAGCUCUUCUUAACCAACGACAACAACUGCGAAGAAGUCGUGCUGAAGUCUGACGUCCUUUUGGAGAAUGUCAGAAGUGUGAUCAAGCAAAUGGAGGCCUUUUGUGAGCAGUCCGAUGAGGAUAACUGCAAUGACCUUGCCAAAAUAUUAACCAAGAAAAAUAAGGUAAACAACAUCAUCAGCGUGUCUUGUAACUGGUUCCCAUCUGAGUGGAUCGUCAAGAGCUACAGGAACAAAAUAAACACCAAAGCUCUGGAGGUUCAAAUCUUUUUGGAAGAGAGUGACCAUGACGACAACCGUGACAGGAACUGUGUGCAGCUGACAGGCUUCAGUGAGCAACUGUUGAGGUUUGUGGCGGAGCGAGGAUCUUCACGGCUGCUGGAACACGUGGAGAACAUGGACAAGCUGUACAGCAUCCCACCACCAGAGGGCGCUAAAGGCUCCCGGAGCACAAACAACGUCGUGUCAAUCCCCGCUAGUCCAAAGUUAAGGUGGCGAGGCGCGCGGAUAUUCGUCUCCUCCACCUUCCGGGACAUGCACUCCGAGCGGGACGUCUUGGUGCGGAGCGUCUUCCCGGAGCUCCGGCGCCGGGCCGCGGCGCACUGCCUCUACCUGCAGGAGGUGGAGCUGCGCUGGGGCCUGACGGAGGAGGAGUCGGAGCGCGCCGCCCAGCUGUGCCUGACGGAGGUGUGUCGCAGCCAGAUGCUGGUGGGGAUCCUGGGCGAGAGGUACGGGCAGGUGCCCCCCAGACCCGUCCUCCCUGACCUGCCGCAGCACAGCUGGCUGGCCUCGGCCCCGGACGGCCUGUCCAUCACAGAGAUGGAGAUAAGUCAGUUCCAGGCUCUUUAUCCCGACACGGCAGACCAGCGAAUGUUCUUCUACUUUAGAGAUCCAAACAUCACCAAAUCGGUUCCUGUGGCCUGGAGGUCACAUUUUGCUUCUGAAUCAAAGGACGCCGAGUUUAAAAUGAACUCUCUGAAGAGGAGGCUCCUGGACUCUGACGUUAAGGUCACUGAGAAUUACUCGUGUGAGUGGGGAGGCGUCGUGGAAGGGAAACCACAUCUUAAAAACCUGGAGGGCUUCAGCAGAGCUGUGCUGGAGGACGUCUGGGCGGCCGUCGUCAAGCUGUUUGUGGAAGAGGACGGCGAGGCCGAGGCUGCGUCGGAGGCGACGGAGCAGGAGGUCCACCAGGAGGCGCUGCAGAGGCAGUUCUUCGGGCGGUCGAAGCUGCUGUCUGGUGCCGUGGAGAUGGUGGAGCAGACCCAGCUCAAGGGAGGGAUGAUGGUGGUGGAGGGAGGACCUGGAGAGGGCAAAACCGUCUUCAUGGCCGCUCUGGCCGACGCCCUCAGGACCGGACACAAGAGCAGAAAGAAGUUAACCUGCGAUGUCCUCUGCUACUCUACGUCCGCCAGCCAACCCGCUCGCUCCGUGGAAAACCUCCUUCGGUGCCUCGUCCUCUGGCUGAGAAACACGAGCGACGAACACGAGGACUCGCCUCUCCCCCGCUCGUACAAAGAUUUGCUGUCGGAGUUUCACUCCACGCUGAGCGGCGUGAAGAAGAACAAACCUCUGGCGCUGCUCGUCGACGGGGCGGAUCUCGUGUGGGAUGGCAGAGGUCAGCUGUGCUCUGAUUGGAUCCCACAGCUGCUUCCACAGGGUGUGUGCUUGGUGUUGAGUCUCACGUCCAAAGCCGCCCUCUUACAAACACUGACAAAGAAAAAGGGGGCCGUCCUGUUCGCUCUGGGGCAGCUGACGAUGCCCGACCGAAAGGAGAUCGUCCAGAAGGAGCUCGACACCUUCGGGAAGAAACUCAGCGACUCUGCGUUCAACAACCAGCUUCAAACUCUGAUAACGAAGAAGGGAGCAGUGAGUCCGCUCUACCUGCACUUGGCCUGUGAAGACCUGAGGAACUUUGCCUCCUUUGACAAGUUGAAGGAGAACCUGGAGGGUUUGCCUCAGACUCUCAGCCAGUUGGUGCAGCACAGUCUGCAGAGGCUCUGCUGGCAGCAUAAAGACAUGCUGGGACUCCGCUGGGCCCUGGCAGCUCUCACUGUCAGCACCAGCGGGCUGAAGGAGAGAGAUUUGUACUCCCUGCUGAACACAUGCAACGAUCUGUCGUCGGGGGGAGGACGGCCCACGUGGCAGGAAGCGCUGCACCUGUGCAGGACGCCCAGGGGACGCGCUCCCAUGGCAACCUUCACCCGUGUGGUUCAGAGCGUCCACAGCCUCAUCGGUCCGUCUCAUUGCCACGAAACUGACGACUUGCUGACUCUAACCAUCCCCGAGGUGAAACAGGCCUUUGAGGACUUUCUUCUCCCGACAGAGGGCGACAGAACCAGAGCUCACCUGGUACUGGCAGCUCAUCUGUGGGCGCUGGCUGAUCCUCUGGGACGAGACACCUUCCUCCACUGUGAGGCCAACUCUGUCCUGCAGCUGCCGUCCAGCCUGAUUCAAAGUGGACAACUGGAGGCGCUGCAUUCGCUGCUCUCUAGCUAUUAUUUCCUUUAUGCUAAUGUGAGACACGGCCUCCUGCAUCAGCUCCUGGAGACGUACAGACUCUACGAUAACGAGCAAACGCCAUCCUCCUCGUUCGGCCUCCAGGGUCGUCUGGAGGACUGUCGAAGCUUCCUGCGGCGCCACGCCUCCACGCUCUCCUCCUGGCCGGCUCUUUUCGUCCAGCAGGCCCUCGGCGAGCCUCCGGAGGCCACGGCUCACACCUGGGCUCAGGGCCUGGUGGGAAAAGGAGGAGUCCGGGUAGUCGAAUGUCUGAACAACAGGAACGGACCAUGUCAAGAAGAGACCGGCGAGCUGGUGUCGACCUUCCCCUCGGAGCCGACCUGUCUGGUCGUGAGCUCGGACGAAGACCUGAUGGUGGUUGGUACCGGACAUGGAACGCUACAUUUCAUCAACACGUGCACUGGACAGGAGGUCCAGUCGCUGGUGAGCAUGAGCGACGGCAUCUCGAGCUGCGUCCUGUUGAAAGACAAAUGUCUUGCUACCACCUCCUUUGAUGGACGAAUAGAGUUGUGGGACACUGAGCAUGGAUGCAGGACUACUCAUAUCGAUGGCCACACCAACGCGAUAACAGCAAGUGAUACCACUGUGGACAAGAAGCACCUCGUAACUGUGUCCCUUGACUUCAUGCUAAAAGUGUGGUCGUCCACUAAAGGCAAAGAGGUGGCCUCCCUGCUCAGCACCAGCCCCAUGAACUGUGUGACCUUUCACCCCGACGGUCACCUUCUGGCCGCCGGCUGCUGGGACGGGGACGUCGUUUUGUGGAACUGGCUUCAGAAUAAAACGCAAACAUUCAUGCGUGGUCACCAGCGAUCGGUGCGCAGCCUCGCCUUCUCCCCGUCUUCCUCCAUGCUCUGCUCCGGCUCAGUGUCGGGGGAGGUGAGGGUGUGGUCGGUGCCCACCUCCACCUGCGUGGGGUGUUUCCAGGCUCACUGCGGAGCCGCCGAGGAACUCGCCUUCCUGGAGGAUGGAGCCACGCUUCUGAGCGGGGGCUCCGACCACACGCUCCACCUCUGGUCAGGAGGACUUGGACGUUCGGUCAUCGCAUUAAAAAGUGAUGAAUGUGAGGAGGAGCCUCCUCAGAAGAAAUCGAAGCCCGUGACGCCUGUGUCUGCAGCUCUGUGUGCGGCCGUGACGGGAGACUACGCUGCGGUGGGAUAUCACGGCGAAGGAAUCAAACUCUUCAGUCUCAGCUCAGGUGAGACGCUCUGGUCGUCCUCGUCCCUCGACGUGUCCGUGCCGUCGCUGCUGUGGAUCUCGUCGGACGCCGAGCGGUCGGAGCCUGAGCUGCUGGUUUCUGCCGGCAGCGACAAACGUCUGAGGGUGUGGAAGAGAAAAGAGGAAGAGGAGGGAGGUCUGAUCAGUGUGGGAACGUUUGGUGCACAGACGGGCGUGAUCUUGGCCCUCGCACAAAACUCCACUUACCUGGCUACAGCUUCAGACGACUUCACCAUUGUGCUGUGGUUGUUGAGCGAUCUGACCCGUGAGUCUGCGAUUGACCCACAUGUGGUGCUGAGAGGCCACAAAGGAGGAGUCAGCUGCCUGGAUUUCAGCCCUGAUGGCGCACAGCUACUGUCUGGUGGAAAAGAUCAGGCGCUGAUUGUGUGGGAUGUGAGUUCGUCUCCUGCUGUUCUCUCUAAGUCGCUCCUUCACUCUCACAGAGACUGGAUCACAGGCUGCGUCUGGACUCCAGCCUGUGUGAUAAGCUCCUCAAACGAUGGUAGACUGUGUUUGUGGGACCUUGAAGCGGGAAAGUGUCUCAGAGAGAUUUCCUGGAGGAGUCCGCUCACCUCCGUCUGCUGCCUGGGUCAGUAUGUGAUGGCCGGAUGUUCGGAGGGAUCUCUUCACGUCUGGAACUGGGAAACAAAUGAUGAAAUCUGCCACAUCGCCGCCCACGUCUGCCAACGCAUUCACCACGUCUCCGUCCUCCCAAACACAGGCGAGGAGAAAGAAGUCAAGCCUGAAGAAAUGACCGUUGUCACAGCGUCUGGCGACGGCACCGUGCAGCUCUGGAAACCCUUACAGGUGGAUCACAUCAGAACCUUCCACGGUCACAGCGGUGCGAUUCGCGGAGUGUUUUGCAAAGAUGGAGCCUCUGAAUUUCUGACUGUUUCUGAAGAUCGCUCCCUGAGAAACUGGACGUCGACAAAAGAGAGUCAACCGGACCAGAAAGGCUCCAUCACGUCGUUGUGCUUCUCUCAGAGUAACGAUGUUCUUCUGGCCGGUUACGACUCCGGUUUGCUGGAGCUGUGGCAGAACAACGCUGCCGUCGGCCGCAAGCAGGCGUCCGACGGCGCCAUCACAGCGGUCUGCUCCAUGCCUGACGACCAGUUCGCCGUCGCCAACAUGAAGGAUCCGGUGGUUGACGUGUGGAAGCUGGUGUGGAAUCGACAACACAGCAGAGCGAGUCUGGUGAAAGUAACCACCCACACCGUGAAACACCUGGUGGAGCAGCUCAUGUACCUGACCACCCUCAUCGCUGUGUCCAACAAGAGAACCAUCUUCAGUGUCACCAGCAAAGAAGACGAGUGGCUCCACACCGUCACCAAUUGGCAAAGAGAAGUUCAUAUUCAGGACCUGAUCCGCAAUGACGAGAAAAGCACGUGGCUGGUGGGCGAGAAGAACGGAAACAUUCACAUCGGCUUCUUUUUCACCAUGGGCUCCAACACUCGGUUCCACUUGGCUUUCGGCUCGAUAGAAAUGAACCGUGACGAGGAGAAGAAGGGAGGCCUGAUAACGGCUGCGACGGUCGACAAAGACUUCGUGGUCUGCGGAGACGUGAACGGCAACAUGUGGUUCAAUGAGCCUCCAGAACUCACCUCAUGGAGCAACAGAAAACUGGCUCACACGGACAGGAUCAGCGUCCUGAAACUCACCGACAGCACCAUCGUCUCUGCCUCCUACGACCGGACGGUGAAGCUGUGGGACAGAAACACCAAGAAACAGGUGGGUAUGUUUGUUUGUGGAGGACCUGUCCUGAUUUUGGAGGUGAACCCGGGAAAACCCACUGAGCUGGUUUGCGGCGACGGACAGGGACAGAUCUACUUCCUCUCCUGGAAAGAAUAAUUAUAAUCCUCUCAGAAUAUAGAAAUUAUACUUAAUUGCUGCAGUGAAACUAAGUGAAUGUGCAAUAUAUGAAUUUAAAUAGUUAAUUCAAAUAUUUACAGGAAAGAGUAUCUGUAUAAUAAUACUCUACUUUAUGUUGACGUCUGUGUUUUUUGUUUUUUUAAUGGUGUCGGUUUCGUUUGAGCUUAAUUUAUGAAUCAUUUAAGAUAAGCUACACUCAGAAUGGGAAUAUGAAACAAAAUAGGAAUGUGCGUUUUGUUUUGAAAUAAAUUGUGUUCACAGCAUGA